AUGCCAUUAAAGUUAAUUGUCGAAAUUCUUACACUUACUAUAUUUACAAUUGUCAUAGUAGAUGGGCAAGGAGGCGGUGGCGGCGGUGGUGGUGGCGGAAGUGGUGGCGGUGGCGGAUUUAUACCAAGUCAAGGUGGCGGUGGAGGUUGCUUAACUGAUCAUUGCAAGUAUGAUGGUCUUGUUGUUGGUCUUGUAUUUGGUGUUAUCGAAUUAAAUUCUACAUCUAAUGGCUUAACAAUUAAUCUUGCAUAG